AUGCCGUUCUAUGAGCUCGUCUGCAUCGCAAUCCACUAUCCCCAGUAUGCGCCCAUCAAAGAUCUUGCUACAGGGCUGGCGAGCUUUGUGAAAGCGCAAGGAGGAUGCGUCAGAAGUAUCGACUACCAGGGCAGCAGAGUAUUACCGACCUACUGGACGAUGAAGUUUGAUGCCAACCCGCCAACGCUGAAGCAAGUCCGAGAACGAUUGAUGAACGAUCCCCGAGUGCUAAGGUCACCCGCAAGCUCUGAAUCGUCUGGUUAUAGCUAA